AUGUCAGCAAUCUACAGCGCAAUCAAGUUGCUCUCAGACGAUGCCAUGAUACACCUGUGGAAGCUUGGCCGGAGAUGGCUAGUUGCAUACUGCUACGAUAACUUCGACGUGAUGCUCAAGAGUGUGAAAUGGACCCAGGAGGCAUCACGUGUACCAUUAUUGAAGCACCUUACAUCUGGUUUAUUUAUAUCCCUACCUCCUGGUACUGUGAAGGCUGAUCUUUGGUGCUCUAAAUAUUUGUGGCAACAAUCGUGCAUUAAUGAUACACUCCCAGACGAUCAUCCAGGGCUCGCGCUAAAGCCAGAGUUCAUGCGCAUGCUUGAGCUCUACCCACAGAACUGGGAACAUGACCAGGCAGGCAUGAAUGAGAUGGACAGAUGGAACAAAUGGAAAUUUGCUAGUGAUCUGAUCCUCUAUGGUCCGCAGUAUUUCUGCCAAUUUGCCUUGAGCCUCGAGCCACCUGAAACUUUUGAUGCCAUUCCACUCUCAAAGACCGAGUGCACACCUGCAAAGGCAAUGAAUAUUCCCAAUUUUACAGUUGCCAGAAAUAUCAAGACAAUCGUAAACUUACUGAAGCAGAGGGGCAUAUACUCAGAGGAUUCAGCGCCUCACCGGCCGCAGACCCAACAGACCUCCAGCAGUGAUGCUUCAGAUGACAAGGAUGACGAUGACAAAAUGAAGAGACCAAAGCCCAUUGACAACUACAUCGUUCUAUUCCACGGUGAUCUGGGAACAGGCAAGCGCAUUGCCCAGGCAUUGAAACACUGCGCGAUCGAGAAGAGUCCAUGGGACUGGCUGCAAUUUGUUAUCUACAUCUUCAGCCUGUUUCACUUGAAGAUGGCCUAUGCCAAUGCUAUCUGGCACAUGUUCAUACAGCCGCUGCUCGCACGGCUCAAUUUAAUGUCUGUCAUGCACCAUGUCACCAUCCUACAAGAGAAAGAGACUGGCAUCAUUGGGAAAGACCCAGGCUUUUGGAGGAUGCAUCAGAUAAUCACUCACAAUCGACGGUGCCGACACCUGAACUGCUGGCAGACUGAAAUACACAAGUGUGAAGGCCAUGAAACACUAGAAAACACAGGCGAACGCAUCGAUACCCUCCAAAGCAUGCCAGAGAGAGACGAGCAGUUUGAGAACGGACUGGUCAUCAACAAAUACUACUUGCUCUAUGAGCAGCUGACGUACGCAAUGAAUGUCAGCAACACUGAAUCGGUCGAAGCAUGCCUUGUUCCAUGGACCCUCAUCUUCAAGGCUGUCAGGAAGCACAAAUAUGCAGCAGAAAUGAUUAAGCACAUGACGAAUGUCCACUUCAUCUACCCACCAGGGCUUAAACGGGUGGUCUGA